GCAUCUUCAGGCAAAAUGUAUUUACUUUUAAAUAAACCUAAAAGCCAUACCAAGUAGCUUUCAUUCGUUCACUUAAAGCACAAAUCUACAAAAUUUACUUCUAUAAAUCAUAAAUAAUAUAAACGAGUAUCUAGUUUUUCGGCCACUGUUGCAGUCUCCUUAACCCGAUAGCAUGGUGCACAGCCGCAGGAGUUGGGCAAACACAAAGGCUGGAGCCAGAGCCAGUGCCAAGACCCACAAGAACUGCAAGAACAACAAUGGAAACAGCCCUUAACGCAACCUCAAUGAGUUGCUCUGCCGGUUACGGUGGCGUAUGAGUAACGUGCUGCUGCUGGCGCCAGUUGUGGGCGGAUUUAUAUAGCAUAACCCCGGGGUCUACUUGUUGGAUCUUCAAAUAUUUAUGAAAAAUGCACUCAAAUCUGUGGAUAUAUAUUUGGCGCCGAAAACUUUCUUUUCUUUUGGUUGUGUCUGGCCUAGUGCUCGUCGGUCUUUGGACGUGGGCCAUACUAAUCGAUACGACAACCGCCUCCUCGCAGCCAAAGGCCGCCUCCUCCAGUUCUGAGCGCCAGCAGCAGCAGCAAUCCACCGGUUACCAGCAGGUGCACAUCAUCCAGAAGCUGAUUGCCCAGGCCAACCGGUUGCUGAAAGCCGAGCGACUUAAGGACAACGCCGUCGAGAAGUCACCUUCUCCCGUCCAGCGGCUGGGCAACGUGCGAUUCCUGCGACCCACGCAGGCCAAGAAGGCCCCGCUGCCCAUGUCCGAGAGCUAUCUGUUCGAGGAGGAGCGCCUUAAGAUCCUGGAGCAGCAGCAGCGCCAAAAGAACGCCGGGAUGGAGGAGCUGAAUGCCAAUGCGGAGGAUGAGCGAAUGCUCAGCUCGGCGGAGCGGCAGACGCAGUACGAGCACGAGCUCCAGCGGAUGGGGGUGCCGGUGGUGGCUGGAAUUGGGCCGGAUGGUCCAAAACCUCCCGCCGAGCGUCUGGUGCACUUGGACCUGAAGGGCGCCCCGCCCAAGCUAAGCUUCCUCAAGCAACUGCUGCCUGUGCUGCGUGCCCUGGGGGCCACCGGUCUGCUCAUUGAGUACGAGGACAUGUUUCCCUACACCGGAGCUCUCCAGCCAUUGGCAGCACGGAAUGCAUACAAGGAGGACGAACUGAGGGACUUCCUGGAGUGCGCUGCUCUCCACGGGCUGAGCGUGAUGCCCCUCGUCCAAACUUUCGGGCACAUGGAGUACGUGCUCAAGCUGUCCGGCUUUGAGCAACUGCGAGAGCUGGCCUUGAGCCCGCAGUCGAUCUGCCCCAGCAAGCCGCAGAGCAUGGCGCUGCUGGAGCAAAUGCUCAGCCAGGUGAUCGAGCUGCAUCUGCAGUGCUUGGGCCAGGCGACUCCCGUCUCCGCCGUGCCCACGGCCCCCAUUCGGUUCACCCACAUCCACAUCGGCUGCGACGAGGUGCAGCGCAUGGGCGAGUGCAACAGCUGCCGCCAGAGGCUGCGCAGUGAGCUCUUCCUCUCGCACGUGGUCAGUCUGGGGCACUUCAUCCGCCGGCAGUGGCCGCAGCUGGGAGUGGUCAUUUGGGACGACCAGCUGCGAUCGAUGUCGCUCAGCGAGCUGCAGCACUCGCAGAUUGGCAACUACGUGGAGCCGAUGGUGUGGGUGUAUGCCAGCGACAUCUAUCGCUUCAUCCAGCCCCAGCUGUGGGACACCUACGCCAAGGUCUUCCCCGGAGCUUGGACGGCGUCCGCCUUCAAGGGCGCCUUCGGCGAGAGCUUGAUGGUGCCGCCGCUGCAGCACCAUCUGGAGAACAACAUCCGCUGGCUGGCCGUGAUUGCCAAGGAGGGUGGUAGGUUCUCCAAGGGAUUGCGGGGUCUGGCCCUGACCGGCUGGCAGCGGUACGAUCACUUUGCCGUGCUCUGUGAACUCCUGCCGGUGGGCAUGCCCAGUCUGAUGACAUCGCUGUCCACCGUUUCGAAGGGCUACUUUAGUACGAAUCCCAAGGAUAACGAACUGCUCCGCGUCCUGCAGUGCGUCUUCCAGCCGGACAGUCGGCGAUCGGGUCGUCCCUGGCUGGAACUGCAUCCAAAUGCCCAUCACAGCCAGCUAUUCUCUUUGUGCAACUAUCCCGGUCACAUGGUAUUCAAGUACGCCCUGCGCCUCUUUGACAAGCUGGCCGAGAUCGAGCUUUAUCUGCAGCAAACGAAGGACCAGAGCGCCUGGCUCUCGGACUACAAUGUGCGGCAUAACUUCAGUUCGCCGCUUAGGGUGCGGGAACUGAUCGCCAGAUCGCCGAUGCUCAUCGAGGAGCUGCGCAUGAUGGCGCGGGAGGCACAGCAGCUGCUGUGGGAGGUGUACGACGAGUACACGGUAACGGAGUUUGUGGAGCAGACCAUUUAUCCCAGCAUCGAGGCGCUGCAGCGACAAUUGGUCACGGCGGAGUCACUGCUUCAGCGGCGCACCUGGCCACAGCGACCACUUCCUCUGGUCCUGAAAGUGCAGGAGGACCUGGGACUAGUGAUGAAUCAACAGCCAAAAUAAAUAUAAUAAACUGGCUAGGUGAGCGACUACACGUUGCCAAGCUGGAGGCUUUAUUGCCCCAAAGUCAAAAAUGGUCAAUUCUAAUUGGCCUGAGGCCCAGAUAUGAGUUAUUUUGCUUUCAUGGACUGAUCCCGUAUCGACUGGCACCAAUGGUUCUGAAUCUAAAUCUACUCGAUAGUGAUGGCGUUCGAAACGCCCAAGCCCAGCACGGCUGAUAAGCCAGGAUACUUCAAAUGUUGACAGCAGCAGCGGCACUUCUCAAAAUACAUAACGGUAGCAUAAGCCACUUGUAAUACUAAUAACAUCAAAUGUUCAUUUUUCAAGACUACUUUGUAAGCAAAAACUCAAUUAUACUAGUUAAAUAUACAAUCUAAACGUACUGCAAUUAAGAUAAAUCAAAAAUAUUCAUUUAUCGUAUUUUAGAUUUUUAAUACUCUAAUUUGAAAACUUAAAAUAAUUGAUCCCUAUAGCUGCACUUGAAAUAAUUAUCUACUUCACACUUAUCUUUAUCUUAAAAAGGUUGAAUUUUUGAUUAGGGUCCUUAGCGUCUUGGUUCUUGAAAUCCAGUUGAGUCUUUCUGUUUUCACAAGGAUGAGUUCCUCCUAUUAAUAAGACGAGAUAGUGUCUCCAUUCUCUGCUGACGUAUGGAAACCAACCGGUAAGCCGAGGUUUUCAAUCUUUUGGGCUACUCGGCAGUGUCGGUUUUGGUUAGCAACGAAACUCAAUGAUGGACUGAUAAAACCGCACGGGCAACCAAAUUCUUGGGACUUCCACUCCGUUUUUCAAAUCUCUUCAUGUCGCCUUAAACUCGUCGAGAAAAUUUUGCGAUAAAAACCGACAUUGGCGGGAAAAUGGCGGCUUCAGCUUGCAGAGUCCAUGUUUUAGAUUCGAUGCAACAUGACGGCGUAAAUCAGCACAGCAUUUCUUACUUAAACGUAUAGAAGUUUUUCCCCGGUUAAUUUAUUUAGGCGGAUGACACCUCGAUAGAAUGGGAUAUGCAAUACUAGUAGCUACAACUAAUGCGUUCGGCCUUUAUUGGGGUUGAAGAGGGAUUCAGUCAAGCCAUGGGUUUCAUCGAAAUGUUCAGUGUGUAUGGU